CUAUAAAGGCUGACCAGCUUGGUGAAGCUCAGUCAUCGCUGCUUUUGUGUAGUGCAGCUGUCACCUGAGAUCUCUUCUAGUUACAUUCCAAAGCUGAUCAGUUGCAGCAUCAUGAAUCUGUGGAUCAGCAGUCAUCUCCUGGUAGUGGGGCUGUUUCUGAGCACCUCGGCUCUGACACCUGAAGAAUGCCAACCCUUAGUCACACCUCUGUCUCUGGCUGACCGCUCAGUAAUGUAUGGCAGGACAAACCUCAUUGCAGGUUACAGUGAUGGUGAAGUCUUUAACAACAUCCUGAAGCUAACCGAGAGCUGCUGGAUAAACCUCAGCCCGUCAUCAAGCGCCGAUAGAGACGUUAUGUCUGAGGAGAACAAGAUAAAUGGAACCUGCGUGAGCACAACUAUCAACGUAACCAUCGACAGCAACACUAUGACAAUGUCACUCGCCAACCUCACCUCUGCGCUCCAGCUGCUGCCAAGCUGUGACAGCUGUCUGCUCUUUAACGUUAACAGCACCGCCAGAAACCUCAAGAAGUUACUGGACAAGAUGAAUUUCAACAGCAACGUUACAGAGGAUGAGAUCAACUUUCAGGCUCUUUAUUUGAUGAGCAGAGAGUCGACCCUGAAGGACUCAGACCUGGAGCAUUUCAAGCAGCAGGCGAGCUGCCUUGGCUUCUCCAGAGAGCCAGACUUCCUCUACGACCCCAAGAACGAGUUCUGUGCUGAAGGCGAGGGAGUUAAGAUGACAUCUGACUAAAUUUAAGAAAAACUUUAAUGAAUAUUUCAAACUGAAACUGAGGAAGAAAAGAGAUAAAAGGUGACUCAAACAUCAAA